AUGUCUACCACUCCCACCGCGAAACGAACCCAAGACCUCGCUCGCACCAUCGAGCAAGCAGAAUGCGCGCAACUGCGGCAGCAAAUGGAUGCCCUGGCCCGCUUGAUACCCAGCGCGGACCCCAUCGUUUUGGAUCUCCAGUGCGGAGGCGUGGCCGUGCUGGCGCCCACCAUUGCGAGCCCACGGUUCAACUACGCCACAGGCCUGGAAGGGGACAGCGAGCCGACCGAGGAGAGCAUCCGCUCCAUCGAGGCGCUGUAUUUCGCGCACAACCGGCCUGCAAUCAUCCGAUUGCAGCCGGGGACCUCGCGGUGGGUGUUUGCAGCGCUGCAAGCGCGGGGGUUCACCUUGGCGGCGUUUGUGGAUGUUUACGUGCGCUCGCUGAGUGACAUCUCACUUGGCGAAAUGCCGCCGUCCUCUGCAGCAGCUGCUGCAGGUGUGGUCGGCGACAGCGCCAACCAGAUAAUUCGGGUCACACCAGCCAUCACGCCAGAGGACCGCGAGAGAUUCAUCGUCGCGUGCGCGGACGGGUUCGAGGGGGGGGAUGGGUCGUCGCGCGAGAGGUACGAGACAAUGGCGCGGAUCACGGCGAGCGCGCGCAAAACACAGCUCUAUCUGGUGUGGAUUGACGACUGCGUCGCUGGCAGCGGGGCUGUCCACUAUCUCGAUCUUCCGGCCACAGGAGAGCGGGUGGCCUACGUCGAGCUGGGAAGCAUUCGACCUCAAUUCCGGAGUCAAGGCGUGGCCGCGGCGGCCGCACGCGCGCAGCUCGUCGAUGCCAAACGCGAGGGAGCACAGUGGGUCUACGCGAUUGUUAAGCAGGGCAACAAGAGUGCAGACUUGUGUCGGAAGUUGGGGUUUCGGCUGCUGCACAAUAAGCCGAUUCUAAAGAAGCAGCCUCCGCCUCGAGUGGAUCAAGAGAAUGGAAAGGCUGAGCUGCGCGGUGAGAAACUGGCCUUGAUUGCGGAUCUGUGA